AUGUUUUCUAUUUCUAAGUUUCUACUAAUUGGUAUAUUUUGCAUUUUCCCGGUUCUCAGUAUCGUGAACUCUUCUUUAGCGUUCGGGUCAAUCAUGAAGAGUUGGACCAACCCAUCGUCAUUCGCUCGAGCUGAUAUCUGCGAUAAAACUGUGGAAAUUGCUCAUAUAAGUAGUUCAUCAUCGAGUUUGCCAGAUACCUCCACUCCUUCAACGCCUCCAAGCAAUGGCAAUUGUACUAACAAUCUUACUGUGCAAAAUACGAUUACAAAUCACCCUAUUGCUGCUGAUGAGAUAGAAAAUGAAGAAGCACAUGACGUUGAUGCAACUACGAAACAGCCUAUUGCGACGUUUGACGAGUGGACAAAAGAGAAAUUAAAGCAAGAACAGCUGAAAGCAUCUGCCACGGUCCCUGCCGUAAUCCUAGGAUCAGGCUCUGCGCCUAAGGCGGAAAUCCUGGUCAGUUCACAAUCUACUAGGAAUUAUGCAAGCAAAGAGUGUGGAGCUAAGGUCAUCACAAGUAACGCGGAAGCAGAAAAUACGAAAGCUUUGCUUAACGAUAAAGAAAAAGACGAAUACAUGCGAAACCCGUGUAGUAAAGCUGAGAACAAAUUCGUUGUUAUUGAGCUCUGUGAGACUAUACAGCCACGAUUAAUCGAACUAGGCAACUUUGAAUUGUUUUCGUCUGGACCCAGAGAAGUCAAAAUCUGGGGUACUGAGCGUUUUCCCAACAGUGAAUGGGAGCUUGUAGCUGAGCUCAAUGCUACGGACACUAGGCAUUUGCAAACCUUCGUACUUCACACGAGAGUUUAUUCGAAGUUUAUAAAGUUGGAACUUGUUUCGCAUUAUGGAAACGAACAUUAUUGUACUUUAUCUGUUCUCAAAGUUCUCGGUAUGUCUAUGGCUGAUGAAUAUGAGAUCGAGGCUCAAGCUGCUGUAAGAUUACCCGUCAUAUCUGAAGUUGUUCAACAACCAAAUGAAAAAAUCACACCUGCGACGGAAGAGCUAAAAGAAGCAGAUAAACCUAUUAUUACCGUCUCAGAAGCUGAAGUUAAUGAGAAUGUUGUAACUGAACCUCCCAAACCAAUUCCUCAAAGCACUUUCUUGCCGAUGAAUAGUUCAGCGCUAGAAGUUGGAGGAAAACGACGACUGUCUGCUUUUGAUGUUCACUUAUGUCGAGUAUGUCCAACAAGUCCAUCAUGCAUUGUGCCCACUCAUCUUUGCUGGGUUUUUGUAUGGCGUCCUCCACCAACAACAAAAAAGUCGAAGUUUGUUUCACCUCCGCUUAUCCCGGAAGAUCGAAGUGUCUCUCUGCGACUUAGACGACAAAGAUACUCAAAUUUGCAUCGCAUGUAUGUCGAGGCUACAAAAGGACUUCGCUCAAAAUCAAAUCAACAUGGAGCGUCUAACGUUCCUCAGAAUGAAAAUAUUCAAGAACAAACCUCCCAGCAAAAAAAUAAGAAAGAGAAAAAGGGAAUUAAAAAGGCAGCUCAAGAUGUCCCUGCUGCGUCCAUAAGCGCUAAGGAAUCAGUUUUCUUAAAAUUGAAUAAAAGGAUAGCUGCUUUGGAGUUAAACAUGUCACUGUCAUCAGAGUAUCUCAGUGAAUUAAGUAGACAGUAUGUGGCUCAGGCUGAUGAACAUCAUAAACAUAUUGAACAAGCUAAGAAGGCUGCACAAGAUGUUGCUUCCGAUGUAGAACGUCGAUUGAAUCAGACAAUAGUGGAAAAGGUGUUAUCAAUGCGUAAGGAAAUGGACUCUCUGUUAGCAUCGUUGAGAGUAGCAGCUUUUUCUUUUGCUGUCUCACCUGCCAGAACACAGGAUAGCUAUCAGGACACUCUUCGCAACUCAGAUUAUGUUGAAGAGCAACCAGAAUCUGAGUCAACAGAGUUGAAAGAAUAUUAUUCUUUUGCUGACAGCGAUGGCAUUUGGACUACAGAACAAGUCGUGUACACUGUGGUUGCCGUACAAAUUUUCACUGUUCUUGCUAUCGUUCCAAUUCUAAUUUGCUACAUAAACCUCAUGAAACAGCCGACAAUAUCGGAAGAAGAUUUAGAAGAGUUGAUUCAGAAGAAAAUCGAGCGGACAAUGUUAGAACAGUCGGAUAAGAUGAAACCAGAAAAAGUUGAGACUGAAUCUUUGGCACAACAUAUAAGAGAAAAGAAAAAAAUGAAACGAAUACGACAACGGGAUAGAUUACGUCAAUCUUUGAAUAGUUUGGAUGAACAACGAUUUUCUGACACAACGAUAUCUCGUGCAGCUUCUCAAACAGAAACAUCUUCGGAAGCUGAAAUUCCUAGAAGUAUUAUCAGAGGGGUUGUGUCUCUGUGUCAGCCUCCUCCGUUGAGAAGUAAUGCCUGA